AUGAACCAUCAUAAAUCAAACGCAUCUGCCCGGAGUGGUAGAAAACGGGCGGAAAAGUUCAUCGGACAAGCGGAUUCGAAUGGUCCAGUCGGUUGGUUGCUGAGACUGUUCAAAUCAAUCAGCACGUUUGUGUUAAUCUUUCUCGAGCAAGGUGCAGUGCAUGGGUUGGCCUAUUUGGGUAAACCGUUGCUACAUAUUCUGGAAAGACUCUUCUGGUUAGUGCUGAUUGUCGUGUCUAUUUAUUUCUCCGUCGUGCUGAGCUUCGUAUCCUGGGAGCGUUAUCAGAGCAAGAGUACGGUCGUUGCGAUUGAAAAGGAUCACUACUACUGGAACACUUCUAUGCCGAGUCUUACUAUUUGUCCGCUAAAACGUAUUUAUCGACCAUAUUUACUGAACUAUUGCAGCAAAAAUGGCAUCACUAAAGAGGAAGAUCAAGCCGAGCUGUUCGACUUUCUGGAAUCGUUGGCCAAUUCGACCUUUAUCAACUUUGAGAACAUCAAGCACAGUGACAAUGUGGACGUUAGCGGUUCCCUUUUUCUCACAAACCAAUCACUCGCCUAC